AUGGAACUCGCUAAAUAUUAUUUGGAACAAGUAAGAUAUGAUCGAAAACGUGCACGAGAAAUUGGUCCUGAUCGUGCUUGUACUGAAUGGUUGUUAAGAUGUGGUGGUUCUGUACGUUUUAAACAUUGGGGUUCAUUUAUAUCAAAUUAUAAUACGAUACCCACUGGUGCUUCUGGGCAAUUUCAUAUUGAAGAAAUUCGAGCUGUUAACGCUUGUAUUACAUCUGAAGGUUUUGCAUAUUUAGAUGGAUUGAGUCAUUUGAAAAAAAUUCAUUUAGAAAAAUGUGAUCAAGUUGCUGAUAGUUCUUUUGCUCGGUGUAAUAAAGUAAAGGAAACAUUAGAAUCCAUAACACUUAUCGAUUUAACUCAAAUUAGUGAUAAUGGUCUUGCGUAUCUAGCUGGAUUGAAAAACUUGAAACAAAUUGAUUUGGCUCGUUUACCAAAUGUGAAAAAUCGUGAAGCAGUAAUGAAAUUAUUAAAAAAUGAAUUGCCUCAAUGUACAAUUAUUUAUAAUGAUGAACAUCCUCCUGCUUUCGAACUCAAAGAGAAAUGA